AUGGCCGAGUUUCCUGCUCUCCAGCCCGAGUUUCUGUUCUUCAUCCAUGGCCUUACUAUAUCACCUGCUAACCGCUAUCUAAUUUAUUCAGGUAGUGCUUCUCGCAAGAACCCUGUACGGGCUGUGCCCAUGACCGGAGGCACGCUGAAGAGCGCUGCUGGAUUCACCCCUGAGAUUGAUGCAGAUUUUGUGAGCGUUGGCCAUAACUACCUCCGUGGAGACGCGUUCGACAACACUUUGUUCUCACUGCCUUGGAAUAAUGGCGUCUUUAACAAGACAACCCUUGAAAUUGAGGACCAAUCUAUGGCCAAAUGCAAUUAA